AUGGAGCCCAUCGAAAUCAUCGAACCUCUUGGCUUCCGAGCCCAAGUGUCUUCCAUGCAGCCUCUGGGAGAAACACCGAUCACUCGCAAGGACGGAUCCAACCACCCUGUGACGGAUCCGUCAUCUUCGGUAAGAAACCGUAAUGCAGUUGGUAACCACACUGACCCUGGUCGUGUGACUUUGAAUGCAGGUGUUAACAUGACAACAUCCGCGUUGGAGCAAAUGCGGGAACAUGGGCAACCCAACCCGGACGCCAGAACGUCAGGAACUCUUCGACAAGAUGGAACGACCAUCACCGGAGGACAACAUGCUCGAACCAUCUUCAGCACGCCGGGCGUAACAAUGAGCAAUGCCGCCGUUGGAGGCGCACAACCUACCAUACUAGGGCCAAAUCAGACAGCCACGCCGCCAACUCAGCAAUACGCUAGUAGCAGGAAACUUGAAAAGAUAUCGGAGGAUCUCUACGCCGUGGUGAAACAGCGUGGCGAGCCUCUUCGAGAUUACAUCAGCCGAUUCAAUAAAGAGAAGGUGUCCAUCACCAAUUGCAACACCCAAACGGCGGUCACCGCCUUCCGGAAGGGUCUUCUGCCCGACUCAGACCUCUACAAAGAUCUCACCAAAUACCCCUGUAGAACAAUGGAGGACGUCCUUGCCAAGGCGUGGGCACAAAUCAAAUGGGAGGAAGAUCAAUACAGCCACCACCGAUCCUCACCAAGCGGAAACACUAGAAGAGACUCCAGGGUAGACAGAAGGACAAAUGAUAGGCGGUCUGAGCCGUACCCAUCUUCACGACACGAAUACAGAAGGAGACAGCAUGACCAACCUUACGAGACGCGACCACGUGAGAGGGCCAAGAUCCCAGAGUACAACUUAUCUAUCUCGCCAGCCGAGGCGAUCUUAGCUCUCAAGAAUCUAGGCAAUAAAGUCAAAUGGCCGGAAAGGAUGAGGGCACCAGCUGACCAGAGGGACAGAUCCAAAUGGUGUGAGUUCCAUGCAGAUCAUGGGCACCGGACAGAGGAUUGCAUCGCCCUCAGAUUGGAAGUGGCCCACCUAUUAAAUCAAGGCCACCUCACUGAUUACCUGACCGAAAAGGGCAAACUUACCUUACAACAAGGAAGGGAUAAGCAAGAGAAGCACAGAGACGACAGCCCGCCAGACCCACCACAUCAUGAAAGAACUCUGAAUGUGAUAUCCGGAGGCUCCGAAGUCAGCGGAAUCACCCACUCAGCCGCCAAGAGACACGCCAGACAUGCUAGAUCAAGCAAAACAGGGGCUCUGCCUUCCGGCAAAGCUGGACCAACGGAUCCAACCCUGACAAUCAGCUUUGCAACAUCCGAAUCAGACAAGCUUCUACACCCUCAUCAUGAUGCUUUAGUUAUUUCCAUUUAUAUUGCUAACUGUUUAACAAAGCGUGUGCUAAUAGACAAUGGUAGCUCUGCCAAUAUUUUGUUUUUCAGUGCAUACAGGGAGAUGGGUUUGGACGAGUCCAAGCUAAUCAAGAAAGCGGCCGUACUCGUUGGCUUCAGUGGCGAGAGUACGACAACUGCAGGGGAGAUCGAUCUUCCCGUUUACACAGAGGGAGUUAACCUUUCCACUAGGUUUCUCGUGGUAGACGCCCCAUCAGCAUACAACGUCAUCCUAGGUCGUCCAUGGAUCCACGAAAUGGAAGCAGUACCAUCUACCUAUCAUCAAGUCAUACGAUUCCCAACCAAGUGGGGAGUUAAGGAGAUCAAGGGAGAGCAGAAGGACUCCAGGGCGUGCUACCAAACCACUAUGAAGGCGAAAAACACAUCCUUAUAG